AUGAAUAUUUCAAGUGCAUUCGCAAUUUUCAUUCUAUUAACCUUGGGUUCCUGCCUUUAAAAGUCAAUAUUGAUAACACGACACGGUGCUAGAUCACCAAAAGUGUAUACUGAAAUUGAUAGCACAUAUUAUUGGACAAUUUAACCAGAAGAUUUAACUGAAAUAGGAUUAUAAUAACAUGUUAACUUAGGAUAGAGUAAAAAUGGAUUAUCUAUUAUUGAUAUAAAUGGAAAUUGCAUUUAUGAAAAUUUAGAAAUUUAAGCAUCUACAACCUAGAGAGUUAUUAUGUCUACUAUAGGAUUCCUAAAAGGGUUAUGUCCAAAUAAUUUUUAAGAAAUAAUCAAAAGAUACUUCAAUGAAUAUUACGCUAAAUAUUCCACAAAUAUUGAAGCAUGGAACUAGAUUAUGUCUUCAGAUUUCCAAAACCCACUUGAAUUAGAACUUCAUUAUUUUGAAAGACCAAAUGAUUUCAUGUUUCAUGGACAUAAAAAAUCUAUAUGUCCAGCAAUUAAAGAUUUGAAAAAAAAAAUUGAAUCUAGUGAAUAUUUUAAAUCAAAAGAAGAAGAAUUUAAAAACAGACCUGAAUUUGAUGAAGUUUUUGAUAUUAUUAAGGCUGCAUAUCCAAGCAAAUCCUUUAAAAAGAAAUCCAUUACUUUAUCAGAUAUUCAAGAUAUUUUUGAUGACUAUCAAAGCAAUCAUGCCUAAGGAUUUCUAUUCCCAAAUCCCUCAUAAUCAGCAAUUUAGUAUAUGCAAGAAGUUGUGAGAUUUCUUAGAUAUUAUGAAGAUAAUUGUGAUUCUUUGGAACAUUUUGCGUAAUUAACUGAACCUUUCAAAUGGAUUAUCUCUUAAUUAUAUUCCACUACUCCUCUUAGUUGGUAUUCAGGACAUGAUACAAAUUAAGUGGCAAUUUUAUCGGCAAUUUCAGACUUUCAACCAAUCAUCCCAUUUGCAUCAUAAUUAGAAAUUAUUGUUAAAAAUGAAAUAGUUAUGGUUUAUUACAAUAGAUAAUAAAUUUAAACAAAAUUUUGUACAGAUGGGUAUUUUUGUACCAGAGAAUAAACAGUAAAUUACUUAAUGCAAUUCAUUCAUCCAAAUCUUAACUCACUUUGCGGUUUAGAGAUAAUUAUUUGA